UUGCGCAGCCAGUCCGCGCGCAACCCGCUCGGACGCCGCACGCUCCGACACGAACCGAACGCGAUAACACUACUAAACUAACACGCUUGUGAGCUUAACAAAACAUUAACAAGGUGAAAACGAAAAGUGAAGUGGAAUUUAAAUGGUAACGGGUUAGCAGACAGGAUGUCUGAGGGUGACGUGUCGCUGAUCCACGACGAGGACGUGCUGCGGCGGAUGUGGCAGCAGACUGAGGACUUUUCACGCAAGAAAGAGAUCCGCGCGCACAUGUAUCGACUGCGCGAGGAGCGUCUGCGCAACCUUUACUCGCCCGAGCCCACGCUCGAUGCUAAAGGUUGUGAGUUCGGAGCCCCCCGGAGCCACGGGCGCUCCUUCGCCGACCAGAGCUUCCAGUCCAUCAAGAGCAAGGAGGUCCGCGACGCGGGGUCACCGCCCAAGGACUUCUACUCCGGCCAAGAUCUCAAGGAGCUCUCGAAUGCCGGAUGGAACGUGGAGUCAGAAAACAGAACGACAGACGACGGCCACACGCAUGUCAAGUCCAUCAACGCCAACAUAGAAGGACGAUACGAUGUCGACGGUGGGAAGGGACAAUUCGCAGCCGUCGAUCAGCAUCGACAAGCCGUGACGGAAUACCACGACGACAAUUCCAGUUUGAAAAAAAACGAGAGCAGCUCCAACACCGCCGCGCAAGAGCAGGUAGUGCGGCAGACUGACGACGGCUCACAUUUCUCUUCUUCAUCAACCAAGACUUCGAGCUCCUCUUCAAAAUUUCAACAGGUCUCAACGAAACAAGAAUCAGUGCCAUAUGUUACCAACGAUGAUUAUAAGUCGACUCGACAAAACGAUGAGAUUACAAAAGUCACAAGGACAAGCGAUUUUGAACAGAAUUUGAGAAGUCACGACGGCGAUCUGGUGUCCAGGAAGAUUGACUAUCCGGAUAGCAACACGACGGUGAUAAUAGAGACGCGGGAACUACCUGAUGGGACGCGCGUCACCAGCACGCGGCGAGAGUACCGCGCUCCUGCCGUCUCCACCACGCGCUCCGACCACUCCUCCACCCAAACCAAGAGCGAGAACAAAUCCUCCUACACAUCCAAACAUGACGUGAAAGAAACUUCAAAAAAAACUAGCGAAGAUUUUGACAAAAGGACCACCAACAUUGUCGAUUCUCAAAGAAACAUUGACGACUACGAUUUCAAGCGAAAUUUACGUAGCGAUUACUCGACCAUGACGCAAAAGGACGAACAUGUCGAAACAUCUCGACAAAAAAUAAAUCAGCAGCGUUAUGAGAAUGUUGACAGUACCGAUCGGCGCGAAGUGACCUCUCAAGAUACUCGACGUGCCUUCAACACGAACGUGGACGCCACAGAUAGGAAAGUCCUGACAACUUCUCAUGAUACAAGGCGUGAUUAUGAAACAACUAUUGACAAGACCGAUCGGCGCGACAUUAACGCUUCCCAAGAUACUCAACGUGUCACCGAUGAAAGAAAGGUAGAUGACAUCACAACUAACGGAAAAAGAACUCAUCAUGUAACGAAAGAUAAGAAAGUAGAAGAAGUGGUCGAGAGGAAAGUUAGUUCUGAUCAAUAUCAGACGACGUAUCAGUCUGAAUUCACGCAGAAGAAGAUAAGCCAAGACCUGAGCCCAACGCACCAAUCGUGGGCAAGCACGUUACGCGGUGACUCUCCUUCUCCCUUGCGACCCACCACCAGAGCCUCUUCGCCGGGCAGCAGGACUUUCCAAUCUAGCACUUCCUCACUGAGAAGUAGCGUCAGCCCAGACAAGACCUACAGAAAGCCUUCAAGCCGCUGCGGUAGCCCUAGCAAAGUAGACAGGUACUCACCAUCUCGUACCGUAUCUGACAGAUACUCCAGCACCCAUUCCACUCAUUCAGUGACGGAGACCAAAACGAACAGAUUCACCAGCCCAGACCGGAAACCACCGCAGCAUACAUCCCCAAGGCAUAGCGCGAGUCCCGACCGUAAGCCAUCUGACAGCUACCGCAAAAGACCGAGUGCCAGCCCUGAAAAGCGACCGCAUGACGCCACAUUCAGGCCUAGUAUGAGUCCUGAAAGAAAACCGAGUCACAGAUCUAGUCCAAGCCCUACAGAUGGCCCCCGCUACACUAGUCCGUCUAGAUCUUUACAUAGAGAAGGAUCUCCGACUAAGCCAAACAGUCAAAAACCUUAUCAGCCCUCUGAAACUGAUUCUAGUCCAAAAACACCUUUUGACCAUCCUUCCCACGUCCCGUCCUCGAGACCCAGUCAAAGCCCUGACCGCAAGCCAGGGUACCAAAUACCUUACUCGUCAACCCGGCCGAGCGCGGAGAAAUCCCCGAACGACACAACUCCUACUAGGACAAGUGUGAGCCCCGACAAGAAGCCCGGCUACAUGAGACCAACAGCCAGUAGACCGACUUCAGAUUCGACCCCUACGAGACAUGCGCCUUGUGAAAGUCCGGAGCGUAAACCGUUUGAACAUACCAGGACUACGAGCAGCGUUAAUGCAGAUCACUAUAAAUUCAUUGACGAGGAAACUAAAAUGUACACACGCACUGACAAAACCAAUAUAGACUACUCGAGGACCUCUCCUAAUAAACCAGUACAUGGAAAGAGCCCUUCGCCAGUCAGGACGGUUCCAGGAGAAGAUACUCCAGAUCACUGCCGCCCUGAAUCUCCAUCCCGCUCCACAUUGCGCACGGGCUCUCGCUCGCCCUCUCCUCCUAAGGGCCCAGUGAAAUUCCACGAUCAAGUAGAUAAGACCAAGUUUGUGUCAACUCACACUACUACUAGUGAUGACUAUUCAGUUGAUAAAACUACUAAGACUGUUCGCAGUGAUAAAGAUACUCCAACAUCGCCGAAACGCAACACUCCGAUGAGAGAGCCCUCACCUUCUAAAUAUGGCACUUACGAUAAAACUACUCCUGUAAGAGAGCCUUUAUCUUCCAAAUAUGGAACGUACGACAAGAAAACACGGCGUUCCGAUGAGCUGGAAGAAACCACAAUCAAUACAAACACUACAAACAUUCAAUAUGACACUCUGACGAGGAGUGACACAUCAACCAAAAAAACUAGUGAGUUUUAUAAACCCGAAACAUCAAAAGUAACACGUAAAAAUGAAAAUGAUGCAGCAACAACGCCUCAAAGGAAUACCCCAAUAAGAGAGCCGUCACCUUCUAAGUUUGGAACAUACGAGAAGAAAACCCGCCGUUCUGAAGAAAUAGACGAUGUCAAACAUGUCACAAAGGAAACCAGAGAAGACAAAUAUGAUUCAUUGACUCGUAAAAAUGAAAAUGAUACAUCAACAACGCCUCAAAGGAAUACCCCAAUAAGAGAGCCGUCACCUUCUAAGUUUGGAACAUACGAGAAGAUAACCCGCCGUUCUGAAAAAAUAGACGAUGUCAAACAUGUCACAAAGGAAACCAGAGAAGACAAAUAUGAUUCAUUGACUCGCCGGGAAAAAACUACUUCAAGAAAAAGUCCCGAAAUGCCCAGUUCACCGACUAGAAAAUAUCCUAGGGAAAAUAUUUCCCCGUCGAAAUCACCUUCUAAAGAUAACAAGUACAAACACACCACUGAUUUCAUCACAACCGAAAGAACAACAGAGGAAAUAAAUACGAAAACCACUGUGAAAGACCGCCCGCGUCAACUGGUCACCCCAUCCACCAGCCCGACUAGGAAGCCGAAGACGGUCGAAAAAGAACCAUCUACUGGCCAGAGUUCCCCUACAACAUCUGUUAGUGGCUUCGUAUAUUUCAGCUCUCCACCACUGCAACACACUAUAGUCACAGAUCUCGAUGAUGCUGAAAGUUACUAUGAAACUAUAACAACAGAUGAAACCACAACUACAUAUAAAAGGCCCAAAAAUCUUCCUCUGGAAAGGUCUAUAUCUCCGUCCAAGAUUCCUUGUCGAUCACCAUCACCUGAUAAGAAAACUUCUCCUAUUAAGGAAGUCCUUCCUAGAAAAAGUUCUUUGAAAAAACCUUCGGCAGGUACAAAUCAAACAUCGCCCACUGAAAAACCGCCCUCGACUUUCAGCGUUUCACCUACAGUGGAAAUAAAGGAUGUGCCGGCACAUAAAAUUGUAACAAAAGAUUAUUCAGAUAAACCCGAUGCAAGUCCUCCAGCUAGAGUAAAACCACCUUUUGAAAGAAGGGAGACUUAUGAAGAAAGAUGUCGCAAGAUUCUCGGCAUGAUGGAAGACACCAACAAAACUACUUCUGAAGUAACAGUUACUUCCGAUAAAACAUCUUAUCUAAAGGAGCCCGAAUCUAACCGUAGCUCUCCUAGCGUAUCGCCAUGUCUUAGCCCGGACCCGAGGGAAGGAUCCCCACUGAGACAAAAUGUUUACAGACAUGAAGUAACGGAAACUAAGAAAAAAUUGGCUGACUUCAUUUCCCAAGAAAAGGACGACCUAACCAAAACUACUGAGGUACGUCGUGAAAAGACUCCUGUAAGUGAUAGAAAGUCAAAAACGCCAUCGAGGGAAAGUUCCCCAACUAAACUGCAAGAUAUCAUUUCUGUUAGCACAGCUGAUGAUAGAACAACUACUACAAAUAUGAAAAAGACCGUGGAACGUGUCGAUUCAGAAAUGUUCGAAAACAAAUUGCAAUCUGCAAGGUCUUUACUUUCCCCUGUACGUAAAACUCCAGGUUCACAGCGACCUUCCGAUUCGCCAAACAGGCUUGAUUCUCCGUCAAAAAUACCUCAACAACCCAAGUCUCGAACUACUUCGCCAGUCAAAAAAAUAACUUCUAUGACUGAGACCAACACCGAUUUCAUUACGUCUGAGAGAGAGCAAGAAGUAUUAGACAGAGUGCAAAAUUCUCUCAGAAAACUGUCCCCGGAACGUAACUCACGAUCGCCGAGCCGAGAAAAGAGUCCAGGCAAAAUUACAACCAGCCUACACGAUCUUGAUAUAACUACUGAAAAUCUGGAAACAUGUAAUUCAGUCAUUGAAGAAGUAAAGAUGACAAAACAGCAAAAUGUUAUAAAAGACAAAGUAAUGCAGAAGAAAACUGAAGUUGAAAUUAAAGAGAAAACUAAAGAACAAUCACCAAAAGGACCAAAGGAAACCGGAAAGCCUGCAUCACGAAAUGUGUCUCCUACCAAGAAACCAUCGUCAGCACCGACAACUCCAAAAGCAGAGAAGAGUCCAGAAACGCCGCUUAAGGCUAGAAGUACGUCUCCGAGAAAACCCGUAAGUUCUGUUGAGCGCCCUCAAUCACCUCAAGUUCCUAAAGGAGGAAAGGCCGCACCUGCUCAGUUGACUAGGAAACCAACGCCUACGGCAAUCAACAUAAAAACGGAGUCAUCCGAAUUAAAGAAGAGUGGGGUUACAAAACAGACUAACACUGGUAAAACAUCUCCUACUAAAAUUCAUCGUAUAAUUCCGUCGCCUACAAGAGUACCUGAACCGGAUACUAGGAGAACUCCGGCUCACAAAAAUGACCUUAACAAGGAAAACGUCAGCCCUAGAAAAACUGAUGCUAAAGUUACACGAACUGCCAGUGAUAUGUCUAUCAAAGCGAAAAAGCCAUCGCCUCAGCGAAUGAAAUCCAAACCAGAGAUACAAGUAAGUGAUAUGUCAACCAAGACAACUAGACAGACUGUUACAACGAAGACACAAAAGUCUACAAUCAAAGAACCCCAAAUGAAGCUUGCUCCGAAGCCCAAGUCAGCAACGGCGUUAAACAUGGCAACAGAUGACGAUGACGUGCUCAUCGAUGUCGAGCAAGCCAAGUCAUCACGAGAGAAUUCUCCUGAUCGCAUCUGUCCGACCCCAGUUAGUUUUAUGGAUGACGUCCAGACACCCAGACUUCCUGAUGAAGUUAGUGAACCAGACGAUGAAUUCCGUCGAAGAACUCAUCACACUAUUCACGAAACUGAGUCGCUUGUGGAUGAUAUUAUUGAAAUAUCCGAAGAUGAGGAACUGUUCGUGAAGAGAACGCAAGAUAACAUAGUCGAAGCCGACGAUUGCCUUUUGAGUGUUACUGAUAAAGUUUCUAAAUUUACAAAUAAAAUUGAUACUGUUACCAAGCCCAAGGAAGCAGCAAAACACUUUAAAGAUACAGAAAAGCGAGUUCACUCUGAUUUUAUCGAAGAAAACUUGAAAUCUGACGAAUGCUUGCUAUCGGUUUCAGAGAAAGUAAAUAAAUUUGCUAAAGGCCCAAGGGAUACGCGAGAUAAGAGUCCGGCGCGCCGUGUCACCGAUGAAUAUGAUGUAAACACUGUUUAUCAAGAUGAUUACACGAAAUUGAGUGUCAAUGACAAAGCUCAUCUCUUUGUAGAGACUGCUGAAAAUGUAAAAUCGCCGAAAACAAAACCAACUCAAAAAAUUGAGCGCCCUGAUCUUAAAAAUGUUGAUGAAUCUUUGAAGAGUGACGACUGUUUACUGAGCGUAUCUGACAAGGUCAAUAAGUUCGUUAAAACAGCUGAACAAUUUUUGAAUGAGUCACAUAGCACCGAAGAAAAAGAAAGGAAGAUCAAAGAGCAACACGAAGAAAUUAUGAAGAAAAUUGUUGAGUGUGUAGAUGAAGAGACUGAUAUAAAAGACACUAAAACUGUCACAAAACAAGACUCAACAGAUAUACGUUUACAUUCCCGAGAUCAAAGGCAGGGAUCAUUCUCAAAGGAAACUACUUCAUCCCACGCCAAAACUAAGGACUACUCCAGUCCUAAUGUCAAACCGGUUGAAAGAAUACCUGCAGUAAAAAUAACAACUCUACGCAGUAGCGAAGCUGUGAAGAAGGCUAAAGCACUAUUUGAAAAUAUAGCGACAACUCAGAAAACCAAGGAUACUGUUGAUACCAAGACUACAAAGACAGCAAAGCUAACAGAUAUUGGUGUCAUAAAAAAAUCGCCGAAAACUGAUUCGACCAUAGUUCUUCAUCCAUCUCUUGAUGACGGUUUCCCAACAGACGUAAACGAUGUUCCUGACGCUCCUACUGAGACGGAUACGACGGAUCGUCCUUCAAGCGGAUCAUUGACUCGGCCGCAACGCCAUGGUCAUAUUUCCGAUGACAAGCCGAGAGACAGCCCAGCUCGUCUCGCCCCCCAUUCACCGCAAGUCGCUCGCACAAAAUCACCAAUGCGACAUACAAUCGAAACUGCCACUACUACGAGGACAGUUAUUUCCAGGCAUCCGACAUCACAAAGGCCCGAAUCUCCAAAACCUCCUCAGCCAGAAGUGGAAAAACCGCAUGAGAAGGUCCCUGGUUACCUGAGGCCUACCAAGACUAGUCAGAUCCGAGAUGAGACCAAAGUGGAGGAAAUGGAAGUGAGCAGCCGCCGCGGAAGCGGCAAGUUUGGCGUGGAGCUGCGACGCACCAGCAUCGAGCGCAGCACCGUCAGCAGCGAGCGGCGCCGGUCCAGCCUCGACCACCACCAGCCCUGCAUCGAGGACGUCUUCGACCUCGACCUGUUGGAACAAAUGUUGGAAAAGGUCGUGGGUUACGAGCAGAGGCGACGUAUCAGAGCUCAGAUAAGAGUCGCUAAGAAGAGGAUGGAGACCGAGCACGUAACGGAUACUAACACGUUAACUAAAACUACGAAGCAUACGUUUGUGAGUACUCCGAAGAACAGAUCCCCUGAACGGCAGACCAAGCCCAAAUCUCCAGAACAGCGCUUGAGACCAGCUUCGCCUGAACACCACUUGAGGAACAAAACUCCGGAGCUGCAAAGAGUGAGAUCUCCUGAGCGGAAACCCAAGUCAACACCAGUCAAGACAGUCUCCCCAGAACGUCACAUAAAAACGGCGACACAGAAAACCGUAUCCCCCGAUCGCAAUCAUUCCAAGGAGCAUACGAAGCCUAUUUUGAACGGACAUGCCAAGGAACCUACUAGGGUCCUACAGGAUACACACCUGAGGCGACACAGCCCUGAGAAGCCAGCUCUUAAAUCCACUCCAGUGAAAACCAGGAGCCCAGUCCGCCAGCGUAGUCCAGACAAAAAGAUGCGAUCACUAUCACCGAGCAAAACGGCUUCACCCAAACCGAAGCCUAACCGCUUCAAUGAAUACGCUUCGGCUUACAUGAAAAAGGUUGGUCUCAAUGAGAAUGACAAGCUGAAGUUCUCAGAGGUGAGCAACAAAAAAACUGUCGAACAAGAAAACCAAAAGAACUUAUCGCAAUCUCAGAAAUUCGAAAGUAAAGUUACUACAAAAUCGUACGAGCGUAAAACGUCUAACGACACCAUUGAAAUGCACUUGAACGGUAAAAGGUCGCCUUCACCUAAGCGGAAAUCUCCAAGCCCUGUCGAAAGAAUGCAUCAGCGCUCGCCGAGUCCCGAAUGGAAGAUUCCAAGAGAAACAACCAAAAAGGAAACUAUUAUUAAGACAACGAUUGAGGUGGACAGGAAACCAAAACAAGAAGAGAAACCAUCCUGGGUGACGAAUCGUAACUUAAAGAAGACUACAUCAGAGACGAGGAAGUUCAGCAGCAAGAGGAUAGAGAGUGAGAAGGUGCGGCGUGCGCCGAGCCCGUCCAAGGCCAUCGCCAAGCCGCUGGACGUGAUCACGUCGAGCUACGGGCCGGGGCCCCUCGACGCCGACGGACGGCCGCUCUUCGGCAUCAAGGCGCUGAGGAAUGGCGCCUCAAAUUAUCAAGUAAAAGGCACGGUCGUCCGCCAAGAGUUCCACUCACGCAACGGCGGCGCGCCGGAAGGCGAAGUCAGCGUAACGGCGUACGCAUCAGACCCAGCGGCACUAGAGUCACUUCUGAGGGCUCAGGGCGAGCCCCCUUCAAGGCUACACGGCUUGGCGGCCAUUACUACCACGAGGAGAUUCGGAGGCAACACUGGAUCGACCUAUAGCGAGGCACAUACGAAAGAAGAGCGAGCAACCUUAGAACAGUUUACUCACAGCGACCGACGCGAGUCAGACACAUUGGGAGGCGUCAGUAUCACUGACGUCACCGAGGUCAGAAAGGACCAGAAACAGAAGAUUGGAAGGAUGGAGAAGACCGACAGCCAGCGGAGAAUUGUGGAUAAGAGUGAGAAGGUCGACCGAGUGGAGAAGACUGAGAAGACGGGAAGGAGGGAGGAUAGGAAGACCGUCCGGCAGAGCUCCGUGAAAUCGCUCACGGAGAAGUACAUAAAGAGUGCAUCUGAUACACCGAAGAGCGAGCGGAGCGUGUAUCCAAAGGCCGGUUUGAUCCUGCGCAGCGCGGGCCUGCGCGACAGCGUCUCCAGCGACUCCUCACAACACGCUGGUCUAGCGCGCACGGACAGUGAGCAAAGCCUCGGAUCCAUCGAAGACGCCAUCGUCACCACCACCACUGACCGCAACGGUGGCCGUACCACCACCACCACCGAACGCCACGGGGGCCGUACCACCACCACAACCACGAGAGUGGGGGGAAAGCCUCAGGAACGCUCCUUCCUGGACAGCACGACGAAGGUCACCGGAGUUCAGGAUAUUUUGACGCGAAUGAAGAAUGCUGACAUUGUGAUCGAGCAAGGCGACACGAGCGAGGACACGGAAGCGCGCGCGUUGCUGAACAAAUUCCUUGGAGCCACCGUUCUCAUGGCCGGCAUGAAGAACUAUGUUGCGGAUGCACAGAACCAGCAGCGUCCAGUUCAGCACACGAAGGUGCAAGAGACAGUCCGAACGAGCGUAGUCAGCCAGCCAGCACAGGACUUUGAUCCCGACCACUGCUGGGACGAGCGGGUGCUGAAGAAGCAUUUGGAAGAGUGCACCGACUACGAGCAGCGGCGACGCCUGCGCGCGCGCAUACGCACACUCAUGGCCGAGCAGGAAGCAUGCGCGAGCGCCGUGACGGAAGCGCUGGCGGCGGCCAGCGAGGCGCCGACGGACUCCGAAGCGCGCGAGGAAGAGGAAGUAACGACUGUGACAUCGAGCGUGCGGAGGAACUCUUCAGAGAAAACCGUUAGCAGUAGCACCACCACCAAAACUUCUAAAGUGAUCGAGAGCAUGACGCGGCCGGCUCCCAAGCCCGUGUCGCCGUUCGCCAAGUUCCGACAGCUUGAGAAGCAGAACUCUACUACCAGUCCCAACUCGCCCAAGUCACCGCAGAGCCCGGGCUCUCCGUCGCAGCCCUUCUUCAAGUUCACCGACCCCGCGCUACAAGCCAGCGCUCUCACUAUUAAAGAACGGUUGCUGCAGUGGUGUCGUGACAAGACUCGGGACUACGAGAAUGUGAAGCUGGAGAACUUCUCGACGAGCUGGGCGGACGGGCUGGCGUUCUGCGCGCUCGUUCACCACUUCCUUCCCGACGCGUUCGACUACUCCAAGCUCACGCCGGAAAAGCGUCGCCAUAACUUCACGCUCGCCUUCAAAGUCGCCGAUGAGAAGGCGGGCAUCUACCCGCUCCUGGACGUGGAUGAUAUGGUCGCCAUGCGCAAGCCGGACUGGAAGUGCGUCUUCACGUACGUGCAGUCUAUCCACCGCCGCUUCAAGGAUGAGCGCUGACCGGCGCAUACGCACGCUGUGUUUUUGGCCACACUUAAGUAGAUAGAAAUAGAGUCGAAAUCAGGAUCACAGAUAAUAGUCGUGCGAGUAACGUUUCGAGGAUUACAGAAUAGAUAUAAUUCUUGGCACGUCUAUUGAUUUAAUUGUCUGUGGUUUAAUAACAGAAAAAAAACUAAUAUUUCUUCGCUUGAGUUAUAUUCUUUCCCAAAUCACAAUUUCUGAAUUUGAUUAUGUACCCUAUACCUAUGAAUAUCUAUGUGCAAGUGAAGAAAUAUAGAAAUAGUGAUGCGAGUACCAUCGAUAAAAAUGGCAUCUGUGGCCAAAAAUAUAGCGUUGUGUUAAAUAUAAGUAGUCGAACGCUGAAGUCACAAAAGUAUAUAUUUUUUUGUAUAAUCGAAGUGUAUAUUUAGAGUCCAAAGAGUGUAUGUUGUUAUCGAAUUGUUUGUUUGUGUUAACGUUUGUCAAAUGUUUAUUAAGUCCGCCCAACUCGUCGUAUCUCCAGCGCCGUCUCGACAGUCCUAUUUAUUGUAAUCUCAAGAUGUAUGUGAUUUUUAUAUUAGCUUAUAAGCUCGACUAACAGGUAUGAGUACCGACUUCGUAGGUUAGUCCGUAGAUUUUUAUACAUUUGAUUUUCACCUUUGCAAUUGGACCCCUGAUUGCAAGGAUCGCUUUGACUUAUUUAUCUACAUAAGGAAGUAGUAUCCUCGCGUCCCUCAGGCGUUCAUUUCAACGUCAAUCCAUUAACCUACCUACUUGUAUUCAUUCAUUUUCAUUUUCAACUUGACAUUAAUAAUCGCGGCUUAAAUAAUCGCCUACUGAUUUUAUCAAAUCAAUCAUAUUAUAUUAUAAUAAUUUGUAAGUUAAUUUAUAUUGAUAUGAAAUAAAAUAUUAUUAACAAAA